AUGGCUGAGGAAAAUCAGACUCUGCCUGAAUUUCUCCUUCUAGGAUUUUCUGACUUCAGGGCCCUGCAGGGCCCUCUGUUCUGGAUGGUACUUCUGGUUUACCUGGUCACCUUGCUGGGUAACUGUACCAUCAUCCUCCUCACACAGGCGAGCCCAUCCCUGCAUUCCCCCAUGUACUUCCUCCUGCGCCACCUCUCCGUGGUGGAGCUCCUGUACACCACGGACAUUGUGCCCAGGACCCUGGUUGACCUGGCCUCCCCAUAUCCCCGGGCCAUCUCCUUCCAGAGCUGUGUGGCCCAGAUGUACGUCUUCGUGGUCCUGGGCAUCUCAGAGUGCUGCCUCCUCACAGCCAUGGCCUAUGACCGCUAUGCGGCCAUCUGCCGGCCCCUGCACUAUGCCACCCUCAUGAGCUGGAGGGCCUGCACGGCCAUGGUGGGUGUCUCCUGGCUCAUGGGCAUUGUCACAGCCACCACACAUUCCUCUCUCAUCUUCACUCUGCCCUUCCCCAGCCACCCCAUCAUCCCUCACUUCCUCUGUGACAUCCUGCCAGUACUGAGGCUGGCAAGUGCUGGGAAACACAAGAGUGAAAUCUCCGUGAUGACAGCCACCGUGGUCUUCAUCAUGGUCCCCUUCUCUCUGAUCAUUGCCUCUUAUGCCCGCAUUCUGGGUGCCAUCCUGGCAAUGGCCUCCACCCAGAGCCGUCGCAAGGUCUUCUCUACUUGCUCCUCCCACCUGCUUGUGGUCUUCCUCUUCUUUGGAACAGCCAGCAUCACCUACAUCCAGCCCCGGGCGGGCUCCUCUGUCACCAUGAACCGCAUCCUCAGCCUCUUCUACACAGUCAUCACACCCAUGCUCAACCCGAUCAUCUACACCCUUCGCAACAAGGAGGUGGCAAGGGCCUUGCAGCGCAUGGUGAAGAGGCAGGUCUCCUCACCAUGA